AUGGAGCCCGAUCUCGCUGAAAAUGAUUUUCUACAAGUCGAUUGGUCCGACUUGGGGGCCGAAGAUAUAUUGGAGAUGAACCUAUGUUGGCCAGACUCUGAUAGUGAGCUCGAUGGUGACCUCACGACCGAUCCAACUUGGCCUCCCAUCGACUACGACUUGACUGUAGAUGACGGUAUUACCUACGCCAUCACAAAGGCCGACGGUCAGAAGCGAGGAUUCUAUACGUUACCAUGGAAGUCGAAGGCACGUCCUCAGUCAAAUGUUAUCAGCGAGCUCUAUAAGAAUCGCCGACAGUGUGCUCGUCUCGCUAAGAGUGGUCACCUUGAUGCCUAUACCGAUCUUAUCCAUAGUAUGGUUGCCAAUGGAUAUGCCUUUGAAGUACCCAUAAGUACUCUCAUCCGUCACGAAUGUCACUGUAUCUACCACUUCCCUGUAUUCAAAAGCUCAGCUUCUAGCCCUAUACGUCCCGUUUGGGACUGUAGGGACAUCAACCGGUAUUUGAAAACUCCGCUGACUCCGAAGACACACUGUAGCACUCUCCGACAUCUCUUCCGCUUCCGUCGAUAUCGAUGGAUCUAUGUGACGGAUCAGACUCAGGCGUUUAUGCAGCUGGUGUUACACUUUAAUGUGAGGAGGUUUGUUUGCUUCGUUCACAAUAACCACGGAUAUGUAGCCUCCCGAGUAUUCUUCGGCCUCUCCAACGCUCCCUUUUGUCUGCAAGACAUGGUUGAACGUGAGCUGAGACCGGUUCAAUGCUCUCUUGUCGGCCCAGAAGUCUUCCCCGUUGACCACGUCCUCCCUGAUCGAGGUGGCCUUUAUGCCGUUGACAACGUCCUCCCUGAUCGAGGUGGCCUUUAUGUUCGAAACAGGUUACCUGUUGAUAACACAUCUUCUCGACAAGGUGGUCCCGAUGAUCAAGAUGUCUAUUCUGUGAACGGCAUCUCCUCUGACUGGAACCUCUCCACAGUUGGGGUCCAGGUUGCAAGAGAUGAUGACUGUAGGGAAUACGAUGACGUUGGAGCCUACAUGGAUGAUGUUGUUGGUGGUUCUGAUAAUCAAGGAACUAGAGAUCGCUUACUACAUGAUACGGUGCUCACACUCAAGUCCAAAGGGCUGCAAGAUAAUGCUGUAAAACGCAUUGUUAAUACUGUGGUCGGUGAUACCUCCCAGAAGGUUGAUCUUAACAGACUUGCCAAGAAGGUUCUCGGUUACCUUUACUUUGUUACGGAAGACUAUAUCUACCCUGCGUCUGUGAAGAAGCUCAUCGACAAUCUGCAGUGUGAAGUACCUAAGAAUCGUAAGCAGUUGAGAUCGGUUAUUGCCAAGUUCUACGACCCCAUCGGCAUUUUUCUGGAAUCAUGGAUGUCCUUGAAGCUCAUUCUACUCUCUGCAGAUAAGUACAUUCAGUGUGACGACAAUCUAUCGUUCGAUGACUAUCCCUCUGAUGCUACCAUGGUUAUGGAUAUCACACAAUGCUUACGGACUAUCAGUAACCUCACCCCGAUUCCCCGACAUAUACCAUCUUUGAAUGGCGAGAAGGUUGUAUGUGUCUAUGUGGAUGCAACAUUGAAGGCAUGGGCUUGUGUAUGUGAGAUUGGCCACAACGGUGAGAGACUUUUUGCUCGUGGAGGCAUUUUCGGAAAGUCGGUAUCAAGUAAUACAUUCAAGGCUCCAAGAGCUGAGUUGAACGCCAUCUUACAAGGCUUGCUCACUGUACUGUUGGUACAAUCCCAACUUCGCCCCUUCCCCAUUGUUGUACUUCUCACUGAUAGCCGUCUCAACUAUCAUCGUCUGACUCGCGAAGCUCCCAAACGUGGAUGGACACGAUGGGAAGUAACCCGUCUCCAUAAGAUUCUCGGACUGGCCCACUCCCUGAACGAGGAUGGCUCUACCUUAUGGUUAGCUCACUGCCCCGGAGCGAUAAAUCCAGCGGAUGGUCCGUCUCGCGGUCGACUACCUCCACCACAAUCUGAUUCCCCCUUCUACGAUCGACAGCGCUCCUUUCGUCAUGCAGUCCUACAAGCGGUCUUCACAAAUGGAUAUUCUGCUCACCCCGAUGUACAUCUCAAGCCCAUACGGUUGAGGUUACCAUAUGACUAUAUCUCAUCAUCACCAUCAAAACCUACCUGUGAACUCGUGCCCGACUCUGAUAGUUCCGAGCAUGAAGCUCACUCACUCGAUAUCGAUGACAUGAUGGUAUGGUUGAAUGGGCUUGAGCUACUCGGGCCCGAUGCCGAAGUGCCGAGGGCGGAAGAGAUACUCCGUAAAGAUCAUCUAAGGGCUCGGCAACUCCAUCAAUAUGGUACAAUGAUCAAGGUCUUCGAUGUCUGGCGUUCGCAAUCCUUGGAUGGCUUGUAUACGCCUUCUCGUGAUGUACUUGAGGUUUUGACGAAGAAGGCUCAGGAUGACGACCCUGAGACUGCCGAAAUUAUCCACAAGCUCCGUAAGCCUACCGACUUUAACACUCCAAUACCCCGGGCAUAUCGGGAUUAUCUAGGGCUUCAAGGUUGGUCUAAUGAUACCGAUGAAUCGCCACUACUGUUACGACAAAGUAGAUAUGAUGGAGAUGACUCAUCUCAGAUGAGCUACUCCAGCAACUGGUUGUGCCAGCUCGAGAACACUUUCUCCAGCGAUUGA